AUGGAUCGAGUCACAUUCAAAGUUAACGGGGAGCCAUGCUCAGUGAGUUCGGAGGUAGACUCAGACACGUCGGUGCUCGACUAUGUGCGUGACACUCUGAACUUCCAUGGCACCAAGUUCAUGUGCAAGGAGGGUGGCUGUGGAGCAUGCGUCGUCAACGUCACCGUGCCCGACCCCUACACUGGCGGCCGACGAACUAUGGCCAUCAAUUCUUGUUUAGUAUCAAUAACGUCAUGUCAAGACUGGGAGAUCAAGACUGUAGAGGGGAUCGGAGACCGCCGAAAAGGGUACCACCCCGUCCAACGUGCGCUAGCAGAACACAAUGGCACACAGUGCGGGUUCUGCAGCCCUGGUUGGGUUAUGAGUAUGUACAGCUUGUUGGAGUCAAACCAUUACGAUCUCACCCAGUUACAGAUAGAACAAUCAUUUGGUAGUAACAUAUGUCGUUGUACCGGCUAUCGCCCCAUUCUUGAUGCGUUCAAGACCUUCGCAAAAGACGCACCGAAACCUGAUCACCUCACUGAUAUAGAAGACCUCAAAAUAUGUAACAAAUCUUGUGACAAACCAUGCGAUGGCAAAGAUUGGUGUUUAGUUGACAAAGAUAAUGCUGGAACGAAUGAAGUGAAGAAGAUUAUUUUGAAAGAUAAACGUACAUUUUAUAUAGUCUAUGAUCUCAAGCAAAUUUUCGAGAUUUUAAAUAAAGAAGGCGAUGAUUAUAUGUUAAUUGGAGGAAAUACUGGGAAAGGAGCCUACCCGAUAUUCGCAUAUCCGCGUGUCCUCAUAGACAUAAGCAGAGUUCUGGAACUAAAGACGCACGUAGUGGAUCAGAACCUGGUGCUGGGAGCUUCGACCACCCUCAAUGACACGAUAUCGAUCUUCUACGAGGUCUCUCAUCAACGCGAGGAAUUCAGUUAUCUUGCUUUGCUUGCCGACCAUAUAACAUUAGUGGCCCACAUUCCUGUUAGAAAUAUAGGCACCAUAGCUGGCAACCUCAUGGUUAAACACAGAGUACCAGUGUUCUCGUCUGACUUAUUCUUACUGUUGGAGACUAUUGGAGCUGUCCUUGUUAUCGUUGAUAAACAUGGAAAGGUGUAUAUGGUGACCCCAGCAGACUUCCUUCACCUGGACAUGACGGGCAAGCUUAUAACAGAAAUCAGGAUACCACCGUACUCGCAUAAUUAUCGUUUCGUUUCAUUCAAGAUCAUGCCGCGAGGCGAGAGUGCGCAUGCGCAAGUGAACGCGGCAUUCCUGUACGAGUUCCACCCUGAUGGCGAGACCGUGCGCUCGGCCAGGAUCGUUAUCGGAGGCAUCUCGGCUACCUUCGUGCACGCUUCGCACACUGAGGAAUACGUGGUUGGCAAGAAAAUCUUCACCGACGAGGUGCUGCAAGGAGCGCUGAAGGUAUUGGAACAAGAACUGAAGCCUGAGGAAAUUGCCGGAGAAUUGAAACCUGAGUAUAGAAAGAAGUGUGCUUUGGGACUUUUUUAUAAGGGUCUUCUUAUUCUAAUUCCUGAGAACAGACUGAACCCUCGCUAUCGCUCGGGGACGCGACGCCUUCGAAGGACGAGGCCUUUGUCCAAAGGAUCCCAGGAAUAUGAUACCAAUCCCCUCAUCUGGCCUAUUACGGAACCUUCACCUAAGGUAGAGGCAUUAAUCCAAUGUGCAGGGGAAGUAAAGUACGUGAACGACCUACCAACACAGCCUCGCGAGGUUUUCUGCGCUUUCGUCACCUCAGACAUCUGCACCGGAGAGAUCGAGGAAAUUGACCCUACACCCGCGUUGAAACUACCCGGUGUCCUUGCUUUUUUCUCAGCGAAAGACAUACCGGGACCGAACAAUUUUCUUCCACCUCGAGUACCGACACUUAUAAUGAGAGAAGAAAUUUUUUGCAGUGGUCAGAUCAAGUAUUACGACCAACCCAUCGGAGUCAUAGUCGCAGACACAGACAAACUAGCUAACCGGGCUGCUUUGCUUGUCCAAGUCAAAUAUAAGAAAGAUACGAGAAAACCAGUUUUAACUAUAGCAGAAGCUGUAAAAGAUCCUAAUAGGGUGUCAGUGUACUUUGCCCUACCAGCACGUAACGCUGGCACAAAUGUGCAAAGAGUUAUUAAAGACUAUAACAGGAUAUUACAUCAGUACCACUUCUCAAUGGAGACGCUUCACAGCGUGACCAGGCCUAGUGACGAUGGCCUGGACGCAUACAUCAGCACACAGUGGGCUGACGCCGUACAGUCCGCCCUGUCCUCCGCUCUUGACAUUCAAUCAAAUCGAAUAAACCUAGUGAUACCUCGGUGCGGUGGUGCAUACGGGUUGAAGUUAACUCGACCUGGCUGGAACGCGACAACUUGUGCAUUGGUCACUUAUCUGACGAAUCGACCCUGCCGCUUUACCAUGAGCAUUCAGUCCAUGAUGAGAGUAAUAGGGAAGAGGCCUCCGGUAACUCUAGAAUUUGAGGUGGCCGUUGACGAUAGAGGUGAGAUCCAGCAGCUGGAAUACAACUUGUACGAGGACCUAGGGUACACGUUCAGUGACCAGUUCAUCAUUUUAGUGUCGUCUGGUAUUAAAAACUGCUACGAGAAUUCACGCUGGUCAAUGAAGGUUUUUAAUGUAUUGACAGAUAAACCUACCUCCACGUGGUUUAGGGCACCAGGCAAUUUAGAAGCAAUUUCGCAUACCGAAAUGAUGAUGGAAGAAAUAUCCUACGUCCUAGACAGAGACCCCGCGGAGGUUCGUCGUGCCAAUCUUAACCCUCAAUAUCCAGAAGUCGAGGAAAUGCUCGACGAACUGUUGCAAGAGAGAGAAUAUGAUAGAAGGAAAACGGAAGUCAAUGAAUUCAACUCCAGAAACCGUUGGAAAAAAAGAGGAAUACGAAUUUCCGCCAUGAGUUGGGGUGCCAGCAUUAAUUCCGGAUUUCAAGUUGAUAUAAAUAUUUUACAUAGUGAUGGCACUGUGGUUGUAAAGCAUGGUGCCAUUGAGGUCGGUCAAGGUGUGAAUACUAAAAUGAUACAAAUAGUCGCAUACACUUUGAAUAUUUCUACAGACUUUGUUAAAGUAAAACCAAGUGAUUCAGCAACUGCAAAUAGCUACUUAGCUGGCACGAGUAGAGCUACAUCCUCGGUGUGUGUUGGUGCUAUUAAAUGUUGUCAGGUGUUACUUGAUAGGUUAUCGGCUAUCAGAGACACGCUGAACAACCCUACUUGGGAAUUGUUGGUUCAAACCGCAUUCCUAGCGGGCAUCAAUCUUCAAACAAGUUAUUACACGACGUCAAACGACUUGAUUAUCUAUAGAGUGGGAGGAGUGGCUAUGGCUGAGGUGGAGUUAGAUAUACUUACAGGAGAGCAAGAAGUUAGGAGAGUCGAUAUAAUUGAAGAUUGUGGAACACCGGUUAAUCCGGAAAUUGAUGUUGGACAGAUCGAAGGUGCAUUCAUCAUGGGCAUGGGCUACUGGACCACAGAACACCUCAUAUACGACGAGAACACUGGAGAACUCCUUACGGACCGAACGUGGUUCUACGAUGUGCCGAGUGGGGCCGAUAUACCCCUUGAUUUUAGGGUCAAGCUGAGGAAAAAUUCUUACAACCCCAGAGAAGUUUUGGGCAGUAAAGCGGUUGGAGAACCUGCCACGUGUUUGUCGAUAUGCGUGGCAUUUGCUCUGAGAGAAGCUAUAGCGGCAUCUAGAGAGGAGACCGGAUAUCCCCGGACGAAGUGGUUCCAUGUUGAUGGCCCGUUCACAUUGGAAGCAAACGUGCUGUCAGCAGACGUGCGACUUGAUGAAUUCAAAUUCAAAUAACAACUGUUUAACAGCAGAAUUAUGUUUUACAACCUUUAUAAUGUAAUAAUAUAGCAAGUAAAAAAUAAUAGGAUUAAAUUAA